AGUACACUUACGAAUAUGCAUGUAUGUAUAUUUCGGUAUGAAGGUGCAGUAAAAAAAGAUGGAAGAGGACCAUGCAUAUGGGAUACCUACACCCACAAACAUCCAGAAAAAAUCGCCGAUGGUAGUAACGGAGACGUUGCUAUUGAUCAAUAUCACCGCUAUAAGGAAGAUGUGGGGAUUAUGAAGGAUAUGGAGUUGGAUGCUUACCGAUUCUCUAUUUCAUGGUCCAGAUUAUUACCAAAUGGAACGUUAAGUGGUGGCGUUAACAUAAAAGGAAUUGAUUAUUACAACAAUCUCAUCGAUGAACUCCUACGCAAUGGAUUAAAGCCAUUUGUGACACUCUUUCAUGGGGAUGUUCCCCAAGCUUUAGAAGAUGAAUAUGGUGGUUUCUUAAGCCCUCGUAUUGUCGAUCAUUUUAAAGACUAUGUUAUAAGGAAUUUGGUGAUCGAGUCAAGCACUUGUUCACGGAAAAUGAGCCAUAUACUUUUAGUUACAUGGUAUUCUAAAAGUAACUGGAGUAAAAGUAUUGCCAUCAUAAAAUUGUCAAAGUUAAAGAUUAACCAUGAAAAUCUAAAGCAUCAAGUGCAAGCAAAUGGGUGGCAAGCAUGGCUUUGA